AGCGGUUCCUUUUAAUUUUUGAGUUGUAUGUUCCCCUUUUUGAUGUAUGCUUCAUAACUUUGUGAUUUUAAAAGAACAUUUAAUUUAAGUCCACAGCAUAAUAUAGUUUGGCAUAACAAGAAUUAACCUAUCUAAACAAUUCGAUACAAAAUAUGGGCGACCUCCUCUUUAAAAAAUCUCAGCGAUUCGUACAUCCGAGUAAUACUAUAAUGCAACAGCAGAGGAUCCUACUUUUUCUGUACUGAAAUUUGGUAACCUAAUCUAAGAAGGCUAAAUCAAAAAGUCUUUUUAGUUGAUUUCUGUAAUUUGAUUUGGAAAUAUGGGCGCUGAGCAAUCGGCAUCGUUGGCUUGCACCCAGACGGGAAAGCAGGAGGAACCACUGAAACUAAUCAACUCGGAGCUCUUCUUCCGCUUGUACUUCGAUAAGAUGCCUCUGCCUGUCACAGGUCCAGUGACUGAAAGUCUUUACCAAUUAGUGGAAUCCCUGAACCAGACGACGGUCGCUAAUGAUGAAACCCAAUCGAAUCAGGAAGAAGAUAACAACAGUAUGGAGAGCGAGGACAGCGAAAGCGGCUUCUAUUCGGAGUACAGCGAUGAGAGUUGUGUUUCUUGCUCCAUAUCUUCGACUUCAAGCUAUUCGGAUGUUGAGAUAGAGUCUCUGCAGACGGCCGAAUUCGAUUCCAUAGAUGAAUAUGAUAUGCCCAAUCCCGAAUCUUUUGAGUCGCAUUUGGAAGCCUUGCCCGUUUUCGAUUCUCAGGAAUAAAUGAGCAUACAAUUAACAUAUGAAUUUAUGUACACAACUAA